AUGAAAGAGAGAGGCAAAGCUGCUGUUGAAACUGAUGAUAGUUUCUCAGAUUUCAACUAUUCUGUUUCAUCAGAUAUGCCAUGUAAGAAACACCCUUCUUCUUCUUCUGUUGGAAUAUGUGCUUUUUGCCUUAAAGAAAAAUUAGUUAACUUAGUUUGCUCAGAAUGUGGUGAGCAAAGACUCUCUUCUUGUUCUUGCUCUGAUCAUUCCUCUUCUUCAAAUAAUAAUAAUCGAAAAUCAUGCACUGCUGAAGUUGGUAGUGUUGGUAGGAUUUCAUUUUUAUUGGAAAAUGACAAAACUGAUCAACUCCCACAACAAUUACAACCAAAGAAACAAACCACCAAAAGGGAAAAAACAGAACAAGUCAUUCUUUUAAGGAGAAGCAGCAGCAGUUGUGUAGAGAUCAAGAAAAACAGCAAUGGAUUUUGGAAAAUUAAGAGGCUAUUUAGGAAGAAAAAGAAAAAAGGUUGUGAAAAUGGUAAUAAUGAGUUGGAUGAGAGCAGUGAAAUUUGGGUUUCUGAUGCUUUAGCAGUUUCAAGAUCAAGAUCAGUGUGUAGUUUAAGAGGUGGUGGAUUUAAUGAUACAGAUGAAAGCAGUGAUUACAGAUUUUCAAGUGCUAAAAUAUCUGAUGUUACUGGCGGUAUAUUAAUGGAUUCUGAUGAACCAAGAAAAAGUGGAUUUAAGGGUACAUUAGAUAGUGUUGUUCAAAAUAGAAGUAUAUUUCCAGUUAAAGAAAGUGAUUUGGAUGAUUCAGCUUUUAUUGAUUUAAAAUUGGAUUUAUCAUCAGAGUCUAAACAAGAUUUUCCUGCUGGUAUGAGGCUAAGUAAUGGUUCAGAUAAUGGCUAUGGAUUUGUUCAUUCUAUUGGUAAUUUGAGAGGUGGGAAUGGUGUUUUUACACACAGUGGUUCAUGUAGAAUGUCAGUGAAUGAAUAUGAUAGAGGGAUUAAAAGAAGUGGCAAAGGAAACAAAGUGUGGAAAUGGAUUUUCAGGCAAAGUUCUGGGAGGAAGAGUACAAGUAACAGAGAAGAUGAAAAUGAUAUUAUAAAGUCUUGA